CCUCGGUGACAGUCAAUCAAGUGACGCCCGAGCUUCUGCAGGUGCAACACUGGGUACUGCUGCGACGGAGCUGCAGAUAAAAACAGACAUUUCACGAUGGCCUCCGCAACAGCCACCUAUGGACAGAAGGAGACCUCAGACCAGAACUUUGACUACAUGUUCAAGAUCCUGAUCAUUGGCAACAGCAGUGUGGGUAAGACCUCCUUCCUGUUUCGCUACGCAGACGACUCAUUCACACCGGCCUUCGUCAGCACGGUGGGCAUCGACUUCAAGGUGAAGACCAUCUACAGAAACGACAAGAGGAUCAAGCUGCAGAUCUGGGACACUGCCGGCCAGGAACGCUACAGGACUAUCACCACAGCCUACUACAGAGGAGCCAUGGGCUUCCUGCUCAUGUAUGACAUCACCAACGAGGACUCUUUCAAUGCUGUGCAGGACUGGUCCACCCAGAUUAAGACGUACUCAUGGGACAACGCCCAGGUCCUGCUGGUGGGAAACAAGUGUGACAUGGAGGAUGAGAGGGUGGUGGCAGCAGACCGCGGCAGGCAGCUCUCUGACCAACUGGGCUUUGAGUACUUUGAGUGCAGUGCCAAGGACAACAUCAAUGUGAAGCAGACGUUUGAGCGGCUGGUGGACAUCAUCUGUGAGAAGAUGUCGGAGAGCCUGGACAACGCCGACCCCGCCAUCACAGGGGCCAAACAGGGGCCCCAGCUCACCGAGCAGCCCGAACGCCCCCACCAGGACUGUGCUUGCUAAACACGCACCACACACACACACACACACCUGACCUCUCACACACCCCAUUCCUACAGCCUCCUCAGCUGGUGGUAGAGGUCUGUGAUGGGUUUGUGUUUAGAUGGAAGAGCUGAAAACUCCAUUAUUCCGUAUUUCAGUCCAUAGGUGUUCUACUGUAAGUUCAAAGUUCACAUUCCUCUGACUCCCCUUACUGCGGCCUCGAACCUGAAAGGAUUUCAUGUCUUUUUUCGAAGGGCCACAUUGCUGAUUAUCUGUUUACUGUCGAUAGCUUUGCUGUUUUUUUUUAUAUGUCCCCGAUUGGCUGGUGACCGAACAUAUUAAGCAACCAAAUCCAUUGGCGUGAGUGAGGAUAUGCUCCAAAUUUGUGAUAACAAAAAUUGGAUGAGAUUGUGUUUUUAAACAUAUCCGACCAAAAUCCCAUGCAUAUUGGUUAUCAAUCAUGGUCAUUUUCUAAUAUUUGAUCAUUGCUGAAUUUAAGAAAAAGACAACGUGAUGAUGUGUUAUGUACUGGUCCCUGUCCCAGUUUUUUUGUUUAAAUAUAUAUAUAUUUAUUUAUUUAUUUAUUUAUUUUUAAUUUUUUAAUUUUUUAAACCUUGAUAGAAAAUAUUGAUUGAUGGAGAAAGGUGUCUUUAAGUAUAAGAGAAGAAUUGUAUCUAUAAAUGUUCAGAGUAUAAUGAAUAUGCAUUUUAAAAUUCAAAAAUAUAUAAAGAAAUAGUAUACAAUUACAACAUUUCUGUAGACAUAUCUGUGCUUUGUGAGAGGUGCAUGUUGUUGUUGUUAUAAAAAAUGUUUUACAUGGAUAUUCUGUAAAAGCUGUUGUGGGCCACGCCCCUCUGAAUCAAACUGGUUUGUUUUGCUUUAAGAAUGUAGCAUGUGUGAAGAACAGUUGAAAAUGAAGCUUCUAAUUUCUUGUCAGUGUAUAACACUGCUACUCUACAGCACAAUUACCUCUUAUUCAUGUGUACAACACACACACAGUCAGAACGACACUGGAUUACUGCACCCAUAUGCUACAACACUGAUCAAUUUUUACAUCACGUUCCAAUCACUUUCCGAUGUCUGACAGUCAGUAUGGUUUGUUUUUUAUUUUGUGAGGAGGAAAUUAUGAUUUUGUUGAAGCAUGUUCAACGUCAUGUUUAUGUGAUUUUGCUCUGUUUCAGUGUAGAGAGAAUUGCUUGUUGGCAUAUACAUGAGGAAAACACCUAGCUAGAGCCAAACUAAAUGCACUCAGGCACAUGAAGACAUUUUGUCAAUUGUCACGACCAUCUAUAUUUACAAACAGUAUUUAUUAUUUAUUUAUUUAUUUAUGAAUUAGGUUCUUCAUAGAUUGUUGUUUGCGGGCACUAUCACAGUUGAAAAAAAACGUAUCAUUAUUGUAUAGAGAGAUUAGUUCAAAACCAGGAUGUCCUUUGAAAUGAACUUGUGUUGACAUACUCCUGCUGAAGACACUUCCCAUUCCACUGUAUGUUCUCAUGAUCAUGUACGAGCUGUUUCAAUGGGAAUUACUUUUACGUCCAUUUUCCAUGUUUUUAAACCAACUCUGAAGCCGUUAGGGUGGGUGUAAUAAUACCAGAAUAAAUACUGUAUUCCUCUCAGAGCAAUACUUUGUCCAUUUCUGGUCUCUCCUGGAUGGAAAAUAUUAACAGCCAACAAACCUGCUAAAGGGCAUGUCUUUAACAAAUACUGUUUGCGUGAAGGAUUUAGGCAGGGUUCGUGCUAUCCGGAAUCCUUAGGACGUCCCUAGACUAAACUUAACCCGUACCCUAACCUUUUAACCAUAACACUUACCUAACCAUAAACUUAACCAUUUUAAAUGUAAACUUCAAUGGGGGGUAGGGAUGUCCUAAGGAUCCCACAUAGCGAGGACCCUUUAAACAGCUUUGCUUAGUCUUCUUUCCAAAAACGACACCCGCUAGAACAAGACUUGUUAGACACAUUAUUAGAGCUGAAUAAAAGGCCUGCCAUAUUGUAGUAAUGAUAGAGAAGCAUUUGGCAUGUAUGCCUACACUGUGGCAGUUUUCAAAAAGGGAAAAGUGUUCGAAGUAGGAUCAGUACUUAUCAAGUCCUAUUAUUUUGACUGCGUUGGUUAACUUUUGUUUUUUGUUGAUUGUGUUUUUGCUACAGCUGUAAACUUGCCUCUGACUUAGGUAUCUGUUCAAUUCAGCUAGCUCUCUCUUAGCUCUCCUCCCCUCUGUCCUCUCUCCCCCCUGUAAAUAAUGUGGGGUUUUCUUCUUGGGUUUUAGUCGUGUGAAUUGUUCUGUAAUACUGUAACUCCAGGUUUGCUAAAACAAGGAAUUAAUAAACAAAACAUAAAAGCA